UCCGAUAUUCGAUGGAGGAGAGGAGCAUAUAAAUGCGAUUUCAAUUGCUUCUACUUAUUCCUCUGCAGUCAGUACUGCACUGCACUGUAUCAAGAUCAGUCAGUCAUUCAAUUAUCCACUUUACUUCCCUACCUACAGAGUCAGUCAGUCUUGAUCGGACCCACCUCGAUCUAUACCUGAAGUCCACAACCUUAUCUCCUACCCAGGGGCAGGUAUAUACCUACAAACCAUGCCAUCCUCCAACAUCCACCCAACCUUCUCCUCGACGCAAAUCCCCACCCUCAACUCGAACCACACCCAUCCGCAUCCUCACCUGCACCCCCCAUCCCACCUGCUGCGCCCGCGCGCCGACUCCCCGAAACGCUCGAUCUCGUACACCACGACGCCCACGCACGUCGCCACCCCUGUCGCCACCCCUGUCGCCACCACCAGCACCACCGCCGGAACGGGAACGGGAACUGCCCUCCCCCGGCAGGAAAAACACGACGACUUGACCUGUGACCAUAAAGUGAAAGGCGCGCUGACAGAGCUGCUGAAUGAUGGGUGCGUUAAGGCGGAUGUGCGGGGGCGACGGUCGGUGCAGAGGUUGUUGAUGGAGACGGAGCGGGAGUUGAGGAUGCAGCGGAGGGAGAGUCUCGGUCGGAGGGGGAGGAGGAGGGGGGAGGUGGCGUUGGAAAUUGAGGGGGCUUCGUCCGAGGGGAGUGAGUCGGUGUCGGGGGAGUCGAUAUCAAAGCGGGAUGGGGACGGAGAUGGGGAGGAGCAGGGGAAGGGUUGAGGGUGGAGGUUGAGAGGAUAUUUCGGAUUUGACUUCUCUCUUUCUGUUUCUUUCUUGGAAGUAAAUAGUUAUGACGAACGAUCAUUGACUCUGAUGAUCAGCCUUAUGCCUU